CGUGAGGCCGAGGUGCGAAGUUACUACGCCGCUCGGCCCGGGGGACGCAGUCGCUGUGCUUUCACGAGACCGUUGCCGCAACCUGCAUGCUCCGCGUUUGCCCAACAGCCACGUACAGCUCAUGGGCAGCUUCUGUUACUAGUGCAACUACAUCAACGUCUAAUCUUCAAAGAUUAUACUAAAACUGAAUCAGCUGGCAGGUUGAUAUUGGUUCCAUCCUGCAGCUUAUGUCAACUGCAUUUAAAAUCCUUGCAAAAUUGCUACAAACCUCAAGCUCAUGGCUUUUCGAGUCAGAAAAUCUCAUUCACUGCUCCUUGGUUUAGUAGGCAUUGUCCUAAUAAUGUAUUCAGCUUAUUAUUCGAAUUCAGGAUACCUAUUUGUCGAAAAUGGGCCAAGAAACAGAAAGGCAGCUAAUAUCACAGCACCAGAUGGCUCUGUUAUUGUAGAGGUAGAUGCAUCGAAAAACAAUAUUGCUGCUCUUAAAGUUUCAAAAAAUGCUAUUUCUACUGCUGCUUCACGAGUAGUUUCUGUACCUAUGGGUGAAAACUCAACACACAACACAACACUUCGUGAAGCUGCAAAACAGCCAAAGCCAGUUGCAAAUACAGCUGCAGCUGAGAAGAGUGCACCAAAUGUUAAAGCAGCAACAAAACCAAAUAAUAGUGAUCCUGCUGACAAAGCUGUUGUGACAAAUACCAUAUUUGAUGCAAGUUAUUUCAUUACCAAUGAAAAUUUGUGUAUAGAUGACGGGCAAAAUUUGCAAAUUUUAAUAAUUAUUACAUCAGCCCCAUCCCAUUUUGAAGCACGCAUGGCCAUUAGACAAACGUGGGGAAGCUUCAAGCAACGAAAAGAUGUUGCCAUGUCAUUUCUCAUUGGAUCUGUGCAAGAUAACAAAACUAAUCAGACUCUAGCCACUGAAUCAGAUAUGUAUGGAGAUAUCAUAAUGGCACAAUUUUUUGAUACCUACAAUAAUUUAACUUUAAAAACACUUUCUAUGUUGGAAUGGGUUGAUAGCUAUUGCAGUAAAAUAAAGUUUGUGCUGAAGACUGAUGAUGACAUGUUUAUAAAUAUUCCAAGACUACUUAGUUUUGUUAGCAAGCAUUCAAAAGACAAGAGAACAAUUUUUGGAAGACUAGCAAAAAGGUGGAAACCCAUACGGAACAAGAAAUCUAAAUAUUAUGUCUCUCCAAACCAGUAUCGGCCUUCUGUGUUCCCUGAUUUCACUACUGGCCCAGCUUAUUUAUUAACGGGAGAUGUGGUGCAUGACUUGUAUGCAACAGCACUUAACAAAACAUAUUUAAAACUUGAAGACGUGUUUAUGACAGGAAUAGUGGCACAGGAUAGGAAAGUGAAAAGAACUCAUGCAAAUGAAUUCAUGAAUAAACGAAUAACAUUCAACCCUUGUGCUGUACAAAAAGUUAUCAGCAUACACAUGGUAAAGUUUCACGAACAGUUUGAUCUGUGGAAAAAACUUUUAGAUGGAAGGUCAAAAUGCACGUAGUGUACUUGUUGUAAAUGUGACUUGUCAUGUAAUGGCAAAUUCUUUAUAAAGUGCUGUUCAUUAUGUAUUGCUGUUUAUUGUAUAUGUUUCCCAUUUCAUUAGUUUUGGUUCAGGUUGCAAUGUCUUUAAUAGAUAGUUGUUACCUGUACACUGUUGUGUAUAGAUAUGAAGACUGAAUGUUUGAAACCCAACUAUUUAAAUUUUGUUGAAUAUGACAUCAUGUAAUAUUUAUUUUGUGUAAUAUGUGUUCAUUUGUGCAUUUUACAGUUGGGUUUCUCCUUUUGUCUUGUUUACAAGCAUUUAUUUUUUUUAAUGUAUGCCAUUUAAUUUAAAUCUGUACCAUUAUUUUUAUAAAUUUACUCAGCUUCUCAAAUAAGACUUUAUACUGUCAUAUACUAAUUGCCAGGUAGCUACUUUUACCAGGAUUUUUAUAUACCUGUAGGUGCUCUAUAUUUCUUUUGUGUCUUGUAUUUCAAUUUCCAGUAUUACAGCAAGAAUACAUAAAUUGUUUUUAUACUAAAGCACUUUUUUGCCACCGAUCUCAGUUGUAGCAGUAUUAUAGACCAUUUUCCUGUUGUAAAUAUAUAAAACCUUUGUGAGAAGUAGCACAACAAAUCUCUUGCCUGUUGUGUGCACUAAAACACUGAGUGCCAGUCACCAGUUUUUUACAGUACUGGUGAUGAUUAAAAACAAAUUCCUUUGCUAUUCCAUCCAUAUUCAGAAAGAAGAAACAAUGAAGAAGAAAAAAAUUGUAAUUAUAAUAUUUAUGCUUUAUAUAUCUUUCAUAAUGUCGCUGUUAGCAUUCUGGUUAUCACUUGUUCCUCUCCCUCCUCCUCUUUCCACCUGCUUCCCACACCCAUAUACCCUCACUACUGUAAAAUGAGUGAAGAUUGUAACAGACAAAAUGACUUCUUGCAGCUGGAGUGUGUAAUACUAUCUUCAUUAAUGAUGUGUGCUAGAGGAAAGUUGUUGCCCGUGGAAUAUAGAGGAUGUUUUAUCAGUACUGUGCACAGAAGUUUUAGGCAUAUUAUGAUUAUAUUUAGGAAAUACUCUGUUCAUUUAAAAUCUUGCUGUUCAAAACUUUGCUACAAUUUCCUGUACCUGUUUAGUUCCAGUCGAAUGACAUAUUAUUUGGAUAAAAACUUUUAAUUAUUUGAAUUGUCCACAUAGUUUGUGCACUGGGAUUAUUUUGGUCAUUGAGGGAAAGAAGAUAUGGGGAAUCAUAGCUUAAGAAUUGAAAACAAAGAAUUGUAAAAUUUCUUUAAAAGUGAUAGUAAUAAACUACAUUUUUUUUACUGUGAAUUUGAUGUAUAAGUAGCAGAAUAUUUGGAAAUUGGUUUUGCCUUUGUGUAGUCUCCCUGCACAGCCUUACUUUCUCUUCUUCCUCUCUUUUUUCCUGUUCCUCUUUGAGUUGUCUCCUCUAUUCUUCCAUAAACAUUUCUUUCCUUCAUUUUCAUUUCAAAUUUUCCAUGUUCUUUUGAAGGAAUUUCAGUAUUUCAACAGAACUCUGUUGUUUCUUGUGCUUCAUGGUGUGGAUCAUUGAUUCAAACAGCUUUUUCACAAUGACAACAGGAGCCUGUCUUCAAACUUUACUGCUUCUGCAGCUCUAAUGUUUGGUUUUUACAGCUACUAAUACACAAGGUUAGCUGUCCACCACACUCAAAGGCCUUGUCACAGUCCAUAAAUGAUCCUUUUAUAUUCACUACUGAAGUAUCCUACCUGUAUGUUUAUCCAUUUGUAUACAUUUACGGAAUAAAAUUUAAUGAAUUCUUUCUUGCAUACUCCUUUCCUCACCAGUGAGACAUUUACAGCAAAGGGUAAAUCUACAGAAAAAAUUAAACACAUAAUUAACCAAACUAUUUGAUGAUAUACUUUUUCAUUUGUGCCUGAAUUGUCAUCUCAUCUCAACAUUCUUGUUGACUUGUUUCAUUGCUUUUUCCGUGAAUGCUUACUUAAUAAAUGGUAUCCAUUUGUUCAACAGUUUAGUGCAGUGACAUUUCUAGUUUCCAGACUUAGGAUUAAUGCUGCCACCAUUUUGUUUGUUUGCUUUAGAUUUGAAGUAAGCUAGUAAAGUGUACAGUGCACUAUAAUUUUUCUUAGAACUGGUAAGACAUUGGAUUGUAGUGCAAGCUUCAGUGUAGUUUAUUCACAUGAAAACAUGUGCUCAACCAUUUUUCUUAUUUCGUAUAUAAACUUAAAGGAAUGUUUCUUUCUCAAAAUUUAGAAUUCAUUGCCAUUUAUGAUUUCAGAGGCACUUAAGUCGGUGUCUUUUUGGUGAGUAGGAUCUGUAUCUGCUGGUAAAUAUUGUUUCCCCUUUUCAGAAACAUUAUUAAAAUAUUCCUAACAUUUAAGAUGCUUGUUGUUAGCAAUAGGUAGAUUAAUGGGAGAGCACAGACCAUGGUGAGAGAUUUUGCACUAAACAGUGGUACAAAUUUUUUUUUAGAAGGAGCCCCCAGUGAACUGUUAAUUGCUGACUGUAUAAUAUCAAAUAUUAGAAAAACAAAGGGAAAUAGGUUGUUUAAUGUUAGAGCAAAAUGUGUAAUUCACUGUAACUGGAAGUUAAACAAGUAUUUUUUGGAUAUAGAACUAUAAAAGUAUAUGCAUUUCACAUUAUACAUAAGUGUGGUGCUGUAUGAUUAUCUCCCCUGUGUUCAACAAGGCCAAUAUUUAUUUUCCCUUUUUCUGGACAUCUGGUCUUAGUCGAUGCCAAUGAAAUUUUGAUUAUUUAAAUGUAGAGGGUCUGAUCUUGCUACAAGUACCCAGUGAAAAAGAUUUUAAAGAAGUUGAAUUUUCAUAUCAUAUUUUAUACUGUUACUAAGAAUGCUUAUUUCUGACAACUUUCCAGAAGUGUGCAGAAUUGUGGUGGUUGUUGGUGACAAAUGUUUCAGGGUGGUGAUUUAAUUCUAUUUUUCUAUUAUAAAACAUGGCAAAAUGAGGCAGUCAGGUGUGUAAAUGUGGUAGCUACAUUUUAAAUAUUUUUGUAAAUGUUUGUUAAUUGUCUUAGGAUCUUACUUAGAACUUCUAACUAUAAUAAGUAGAAGAUUUAUAAAUAAUAUGGAGUGGAAUACAUACCAUUCCAUGUAAACAUGGGAUCAAUCUAUAUUUUGUUACUUACCCCAUGAACUAUUAGAAUUUACUGGGUGCCGUUGAAAAGUGAAUUAUGAUAUUUUUUGUGUCAUUUUUCCAAAUUUAAUGUAUAAAAUCUGGCAAAUCAGUGAUACAUGUCCUUACUAGCUAACUGUCCUAAAGAACAUUUGCAGAAGUUGAAACUUACAGCUUUGUAGGACCACUGAAAACUGUGCACAGUAUUAAUGAAAACUGAGUCGACAAUCGAUUGGUUUCAUUGCUUAAAUGAAGUAGACCUACACAUGAUGUUUGUAAAGCAAAAUUUAACAAUAUGUAUAUUGUUUACUCAUUACUAAAUUGAAUUAAAUGACAUUUAUAAUAAACAUUAUUGUUUAAUGAUCAUGAAACAGAUAGGUAAACGAGGUGUUUGAAUUUACUGAAAAUUAUUUUGAGUGAUAUUUUUAUUCAUUGUAGUCUAAGAAACAAACUUGGUGUUUUUAGUAAUCUUCUUUACACAAAGGAAAGUGUUAAAGACAAUGUGGUGGAAGUGUUUGUGCAUACUGAGCGUACCCAAAAUUUAAAAUGUGUAAUUGACUUCAGAAUGUUUGCUUUUCAAUUUGAUGUAAACAAGCAUGUUUUUGUCACAGUAAACAGAUGCAACAGCUGACAUAUUUUUAAUCAGUAUUUUUUGAAGAAGAGAUAUAUCUUGUUUCACAGUUAGCUUGUCUCACAUUUUGUGUGUGUGUGUGUGUGUGUGUGUGUGUGUGUGUGUGUUUUUCACAUUACAGGUCAGACAGGGCUGAUCAGUAACUUGUGUACAUCAACAUCUUGUGUUUCUUGGUUCCUUCGGUCCUGGCGUAUAGCUGGUUGUUGAGUUUCUUUACAAAGUAAUACAUUCAUCUCUAAUCAUACUUACAUCUUUCAUAAUACAUGUUACAGAAACUAAAAACAUUUAGAAUGCCUUUUAACAUGCACUUUCAAUGAUAGAAUCAAAAUAUGAAGAACUCCAUGCCUGUAUUUUAGAGUUGUGAUCUGAAGUUCUGAAGAUACAAUAGAGUUCAUGAAUGUGCAGUGAAAGUUAAUUACCUCAAUUUGAAUAGGAAGUAUAGUGAUUGCUCUUUACUUAAUAAUUCAAAAUAUGUAUGAUUAUAUCUUGUCAGAUUGCUGUGAGAGACUGGCAACCAAGUCUUACUUUUGUGUUUCACCUUCUGUCUGUGUGUUGGCUGAGCAAGCUUCCUCCAUCUGGGCAUGUGGACACACCUGAGUUUUUAAUGUAUUCUUUGUACGGGUUACCAGAGAAGUUGUUGAAGCAUUUUAGUUAUCUAAUUGUUAAAGAACUUAAAGCUGCAAAGUUUCUUUAUUGGGAAUGAACAUGUAAUACCAGGCAGGUGAUGUAUGUGGAAAUUUUUGUGUUUCAUUUAGGUAUCGCCAGGACUGUAGCGAAAAAAAGUUUGAAUAUGCUAUAUAUGAUAACGCCAAAUUGAUACCAUUUUUACUUUGCUGUUGAAAUAUCUUAGACUGAAAUUUUCUAUUGUUUGUUAGUAGAAGGGAACAGCUGGGCACUUGAUGAAAACAAAGCGGUACACAUUGUAUCAUCAUAUUGCACAUUUGUUUAUUGGAAAACAGGAUUUUAGUUAUAACACGAUUGAUGUCAAGAUCAUUAAAUACCUUGCCAUAGCUCUAUUAGACAAGUAUGAUAGUGAAAAGUCCUGUUGAAAGAAUUGUUGUACAAUUUGCCUGAAGUGGUUAGGGAAACCUCAUUAAACAUAAUUGAUGAUGUCAGUGUGGAGAUUUAAACUACCAUUCCUCCUCAUUAUGAACAGCCUCCAAAACAUGUCUCAACAUUUUGUGUUGUUUGUAGUCCUGGUAUUAUUUAUGGCAUGGUACAUCAAUGUACGACUGAGACAUUAAUACCUAAAAUACAGCCACGAAACACCAGUUUCCCAAUUUUAAAUUGGAUAACAAUCUUAGCUGUAGCCUUUUAGUAAUAUCAUCAUCAUUGUGUGCUGAUGUAAAUUUCUUCUAUAGCUGCAGGAGGAGUGCUCCCUAAGUAUUGCUCAACUACCACAAAGGGGAAUGAAAUGUCAUAAUUGAAUAGAGAACUAAAUUCAAAUCAUCCUCAUGCAGAUACAAAAUUUGCACUAAAAUUUCCUUCAGUCAUGUCUUUGGCACCCAAAAAAUUUGCAUUCAUUUCAGAUUUAGUCUUUGUCAAAAAUAGACAUUUCAGUGUCUUCACGGGGUUUCAUUUGAACAAGAUCCACAGGUAAAACAUGUUUUGUGCAUUCUUCAGUUCAUUAGUCAUCUUCAAAAAAAAUGAGCAAGAGUAUCAGAAAUUUUAUGCUUUAGAGUAUUUUCUUAUGAAUUAAAUGUCACACUAAUCUGUUUGCAUGUUACCUGCAACAGCUUUCUUCAUAGAUGUGCCCAACUUGAGUAUGGCUGAAUUCACUCCAGUUAAAUUUUAUCACCCAUAUAAUUCAUUCAUUCACUCAUAUAGCACAUUUGCACCUUACUCUUCCGCAUAGAUACAGAACUAAUUCCUGACUAUUAUUCUAUAGUGUCUUACAUUGACUCAUUUGUGUGUCUAAUGUUAAAGUAUUGUUUUUGCUGACAAACUUUUAUGUAUUUGCAUUUUAUUUUGCUUUCUUACCUCUAUAUUUUAUUUUGACUUUGUACCCAAAAUAUUUUUGUAAUGCUGAUUAUAAGACAUCUUCGCUUUACAAAUAAGUGUUUCUUCUGCCUAUAUUGUAUUAGUUUUUUUCUCUUUACCUCCCCUCCCAUCACUCCCCACAGCAUGUGUGUCAUCAUGAAAGCCAACCUUCCCUUUUCUUCAUACUUAAACCAUGUUAACAUUUUCAUUUUCACCCAUCCCAUUCCACCACCCCCUCUCCCACAAGAAAUACUGUCUACAAUAGUCAACUUUGUUAAAUUUAUUUGAGUGAUACAAAGGGGGAUGUAGUAUACUCCUAGAGUGAUCAUUUAAAGCUGGUUCUUGAAACUUUAACAGACUUUCUUGGAAUAGUUUACAUCUGCCUUCAAGAGUCUUCCAGUUCAGUUCCUUCAGUAUCUCUGUGACGGAUCAAACAAACAUGUGACUGAUCAUGCUGCCCUUUGCUGUGUUUGUUCAGUAUCCACUAUUAGUCCAGUUUGGUAUGGGUCUCACACACUUGAGCAACAUUCUAGAACUGGUCACACAAGUGAUUUGUAAGCGGUCUCCUUUGUAAACUGAUUUCAAUUCCUAAGUAUUCUAUCUAUAAACGAAAGUCUACCACCUGCUUAACCCAGUCAGAACUGUACAUUAAAUUGUUUAUAUCCAUGAAGAGUAAUGCUUCAGAUUUACUGCUAUGAAGUAUGCAAAGCCAUUAUGAUGCAAAGUGGUGAAACAGUUGCAGACAUGAAUGGACAUUGCUUUAAGUAGAUAACUAUUAUUAAGUAAACUGUGUAAACAUUAGGCCAUGAUAUAUAUUCAAGAACAAACUGAUUCUGAAAAUAAAGAAGCUUUGCAGUACUAAAUUGACUGAAAACACACACACACACACACACACACACACACACACACACACACUCACUCUCUCUCUCUCUCUCUCUCUCUAUCUCUCUCUCUCUCUCCUCAGACUGGUGAACCAGCACAUUCAGCAAAUUGUAAGAGGUGCCUAUAGUUUUCUGUACAACAUUAACUGUGGUACAACUCUCUUUUUUUUUUCUCAUAUACAGUUUAUUAGACAAAAAAAUCGCAUUGACAAAAUCCUAGGACAGAGUAGAAUUCAAACCCCGACAUUUUCAGUUCCGUGCUGAUGCAUACUUAGGCACCAAGAGAUACUUUCUUCAUUUACAGUUGCUAAGUUUGUGUAUUGGAAGCACCAGCAACAAAAAUGGGGAAACAUUGUUUUUAGCUGUUGUGUGACUAGCUUCACAUUGAUAAAGUAGUAAGUGUAGCUGUGGGCUUGAUAUCAAGUUUUUGAAGCAUUUAUUUUAUGUAGAACACUGUUGAAUUUGUUGGCCAUCCAUUGUGUAAAUGAUUGUACAUAUUAUGCGUGUGGUAGAUCUCUCGUAUUGCAUGCUAGAUGGAAAAAGUAAAAAGUUUUUAUUUCAAUCCCUUUUUCACUGUCAACCUCACUUCUCUCUCAUCUCCCACCAUACAUUACAUUUCUCUUUGUAAAUUGUGUUCCAGUUGGUCAGGCUGUGUGUAUGCUAGAUUUCUGUUCUUUCAUUCAAUGUGUUACACCACCUCCUCCCUCCACCCCCCCCCCCCCCCCCAAGAAAAAAAUUCCAUCUUUCUAGCAGAUAUCAUCUAAUCAUUUAGAGUAUUUGAUGUGCCUUUCUUCAGUAAAUACUUCCUAGUCCUAAAAAAGCAUAAUUUUUGUCAUUUCUAGCAAAUUAUGUUAAUUUUUUACUUGCUGUGAAGGUUGUGGCACCUUAAAUAAAUGUUUUUCUCUGUCCUAGAAUGUUUUAUGAAAGAAUCGUGUUGCAUGGAACUUAUUGUUGAGCUCUUGUCAGCCUGUAAAAUAGUAGUUUUUUGGUUUUGUGAAAUUUAUGAAAUACUGUGUAGUGGCUUUCCUUUUAAUGUAUUUUUGUAUGUGUUGUAUAUUAUAAUGUACUGCAGGAUGCUUUUUUAGAAUAUUUUAAUUUCUCUUGUUACUCAAGUUUCAUGGAAUACUCAAAGUACAUAUUUAAAGGAUAGUGCAUGGUUGUGAUGAUGUUGCUCGUUACUUUAUGAUCAUACUACAAAACUGUUUAAACAGAAGUAAAUAAGUUUCUUUUGCCUGUAGUAAGUUGGUGGUAUAAUCUAAUACAGGUAUGCUGCCAAAUGUGGACAUCAUGUUCAAAAGUAAUCAGUAAGAUUUUUGUAAUAAAUACUAUAUGAAUGUGUCAA